AUGGCGGCAGCCUUGUUCUGGCUAUCUGCGCCAUGCCCCUCGCCCCCAAACUUGGUUCGACUUAGCAAUAGCCGCCACCCUUACAACCCUACUCCUUCUCAUUUUACUUCUUCACAGGACUAUGGCUGCCAUCGCCGAAUACCUGUUACUUAUUCUUCUCCUACAAUUACACACACUUCGAGAUCCUUCCGCUGUUUUGCAGCUCUUACUCCAGAGUUGAAGAGCAGCUUGGAUAAAGUUGUUAAGUCUCACAAGGUAAUUGUGUUCAUCAAAGGAACAAAGGAAUUCCCCGGGUGCGGUUUUUCAAAUACUGUCGUGCAGAUAAUCAAAUCCUUAAAUGUGGCCUUUGAAACCAUCAAUAUCCUGGAGAAUGAGUUAUUGCGUCAGGCGCUGAAAGAGUACUCUAGCUGGCCAACUUUUCCGCAAUUGUACAUUGACGGGGAGUUCUUUGGUGGCUGUGACAUUACUGUGGAAGCAUACAAGAGCGGAGAGUUGCAGGAAGUAGUGGAGAGAGCGAUAUGUUCAUGA